AUGAAUAUUAUCAGAAAUAAUUACAAACCAUUUUAUUAUUUAAAUCAAAAGAGAUAUCUUGGAAAUUUAGUUAGAGGACCUUUACCAACAGAGAUAAAAAAAAACUUUGAAUAUGCCAAAGAUUUUUUUUGUAAAAGAUCUUAUACAUAUCAAGACUUCAAACAACGUUGUGAAUCAUUAAGACUUUUUUUGUAUUUUGGAAUAGUAACUUUAUUGUCUUUAGAUCUUAUAAUUAAUCCUUUACAAUCGUCUUACUGGGAUAAAUAUUCACCUUUAUAUUUGUACAGAAAAUGUGUAUCUUUUUUUUCCAACAAACAAAAUGAUAUAUUUAGACAUGAUGGAAAUUUAUUGUAUCAAAAAUAUAUUCAAUUAAUUAAUUAA